CUUGGGAGGUAUGCAAUCGACUACGCAACGGACUCGCAAUGCUGUGAGAAUUUGGAGGCAAUACUAAGUGAGAAGGGAGUGCUAGUGAAUGCAGCAUAUUAUGGCGCCACACCCUUAAUCUCUUUAACCAGAAACAUGGAUCUCGAGAAUAUGAGUGAGAUAAUCAAGUGUAUACGCUUAUUGCUGGACUAUGGUGCCUCACCUAAUAUACCAGAUGAUAAUUUUAUGCUUCCUCUGAGAAAUGUGUUAAAAAAAAAUUUAACGAGGAAUCAGAAGAGCGAGCUAGUGUCAAUGUUUCUGCAGUAUCCAAACCUUGAUAUAGACAGCUUUGGAGGAAGCCUGCGUAAGGCGCUGCUAGAAUUUGAUGCGAACCUUAAUUUGCCAGCGGUGCGAGAAAAUGCGGAUAAGGAAGUCAAUUAUCACAAUCUUCUUUAUUCUAUGGAUAAGGAUAUACCGCUCUUCAAAGAAAUGUUGCCAAAGUUUAAGGAGGACAAGUCCAAGCUACUUGUGGAAAGCAUUACAAAAGGAUACAACGAAGCCUUGGAAAUUCUGCUGCUGCAGUCAGAUUUGGAUAUAAACGAACCCCAUUAUGAAUUAUUUUUUUUAACGUUUGUAGAAUAUGCCUGCACCGUAGGCCACUGGUUUGCACUUGAACAACUGCUCAAGCAUGAAAAGCUGGUUAUUACUAAAGACAUGGAUGUGCUUAAUCCUUUGAUCUAUCGUCUGGAUAAACCAGCAAGUGAAUUUACCAACUAUGUUAAAUGUUUUGAACUGGUGUUAGCCAGCAAAUAUUCCCGUUUACAUGAAAGGGAUGGGAUUGGACGCACACCAUUGCAUAAAGCUAUUUACUUUCAUCAUGAUGUUGCAGUCAAAAAGCUAUUACAAAGUGGGGCAUAUCUGGGCAUGAGAAGCGAUUGUAAACAGUUAGCCGUGCAAGAUAUAAAGCCAGAAUUGUUGGAGCAGCAUCUGGAUAGCUGCAUCACCAGCAGUUCACACAGUCGAGGCCAUGAUGCCUACGAGAUUCAGCUUAACUAUAUCAACUUUCGCCUGCGUGGUGACUCCGGUCUCGCUAGUGAAAUGCAGCUCAUUUGUGAAAUGGGAAAGUUUGCAGCGUUGCGUCCUUUGCUGCAGCAUCCGCUCAUUAGCAGUUUCAUCAUGCUCAAGUGGCACAGUCUAUCGCGCAUAUUCUAUAUCCACUUCAUGUUUUAUGUACUCUCCAGCAUUUGUCUCUUGACGCAUUUAAUGCUUAACUAUACUGCUAAAAAAACGGAUUCUGUUGUUACCUUGUUUAAUGUGCUCUCAGUUAUUGGUCUGUCCUACAUUGCCCUCUGUGAACUCAUUGGACUUAGUUAUUGCUUGUCUUAUUCUGCACUUGUCAUUGCCUUUGCUUUAUCCUUCUAUGUGUUAAACUUACACCAGUUGAACUCAAAAGGCUUAAUAGAGGUUUUUAUACGGACGGUCAUUAUGUCAACUGGUGAAUUUAAUGCAAAUGAGAUUGAGGGCAACAUCUAUGUGAAUUUAUUCUUUUUGUUGUUUGUCAUUUUAAUCUCAAUUGUGUUGAUGAACUUGCUUACUGCUCUAGCCAUUGGCGAUACACAGGUAAUCCAAGCUGAGGCGGAGGUCAACACUCUCAUUUGUCGUGCCCGUUUGCUAAGUGCUUAUGAAAUCUUUCUUUCUGAAUCCUGGGGUUGA